CUGUUAAUGCAAAAGAUUCUUCGUUAAAACAUAGUGUUCCAGAACCUUCAUUAAACCAUAUUGUUCAAGAACACAAGAUAUGAAAGAUUUCUGAGAAAAAGAAGUCUGACUUUUAAAAAUUUCUUCUGAAGCACAACAUACUUUGCUUAUCUAAAUUUUCUACCAAGCAUUGUCAUAUUUUAACAAAUUUGGUUAAAAAUUUACUCUUUCUAUUCUGGACAUAUUUCUGCAUUUUCAUUAUUAUAUUAUUAUUACAGGACAAUGCCUCCAUUACCACCAAGACCUGCAAGUGGCUUAUUUUAUUUUAUUUUAUUGUUUUGUGCUUUUGUUUUGUUAUUAUGUAUUAUUUUUACUUACUGUUGUAGAAAGAGAAGCAAACCAAUUUCAAUUUAUCAACAGGUAGCAGACAAGAUUGCUUUCCCCAAUUCUCAGCUGUUAGAACAUAAAGUCUUUACAGAAAAUAUUGUGAAAAAGCUGUUAAACAAAAUGCAGGAGCUGUCUGUUGUUGGGGACCCUGAUAUUUCCAGUGAUAUUAUUCAGACUGGUAGUGCUUUUGAAGAUCUGAAGGUUAUACCACAAAUAGAAUUUGACUUCUUAAUUCCAAUAUCUGUGCCUUCUCCAUAUUUAUCCACAUGUGAGUUUGACAUAGAUGAUAUACCAAAUGCAUUUGGAAAGAUUUGUAUCUCAAAAGAUGAGUCAGGUUUUUCUUUUGAACAAACAGCAAGAUAUAGAAAACCAGGUAACUUUCUGGAAAAAAUGUGUAAUGACCACUAUCUUUCAUCUAAGGCUGUCCGUGAAUGGUUCCAGUCCUUAGCUGAUAGGGCAGCCAAUGUGUUUAAAGGAGAUGAAAGGCUUGUGUUUAAACAACAAGGACCUGCUCGUACACUGAAAAUCAUUAGGAAUGGAAACCCAACAAUUUCCGUGGAUUUGGUCCCUGCAAUAAAAAAUGACAAUGUUUACCUUGUAGCAAAAAUAUAUGGAGGACAAUUUGAAAUGGAUCACUGUAAAGAUGUUUUGUGGAGACUGUCCUUUUCAGUUCAAGAAAAAGCAUUUUUGGAACAGAAGGAUUUGACUUUACCUAAGAAUGCUUGUCAUAAAAGAGCCCUUCAGAUUCUGAAGUACUUAAAACAAGAAGAAAGAAAUUCAGAAACACCACCACCACACUGGUGCACAAGUUUAAGCUCUUACCAUUUGAAAACUCUUUGGCUCCAUCAGUUGCAUAAGACACCUGCAAGUCAAUGGGUGAACAUUCUGCUUAGAGAAAGGGUCAUAGAGCUACUAAACCAUUUGAUACAUAGUCUAGAAUCAAAAACACUCCAUCAUUUCUUUAUGGGAAAUGCAGAACUGAUUAAGGAGGCUUCUUCAUUGCAUAUCCCUACAAGAUUUCUGAAGGAUGGUUUAAAAUAUAACCUUUAUGAUGAAAUUCAUUAUGAGACAAUGAACCAGGCAGUACUUCAGCUCAAGAAAUUGAAAAAACAUAUAGAUUUAAAUAUGGAAAAUAUUCUUUCAAAGCCAUCAGCAAAAUGUUAAAUGUACACCAACUAUAGAGAUCACCACCUCAAGAAAUAAAUUGUAAUGCCAUUUAAUUCCAUGGAAGUAGUUGCUUAUAUAAUAUGCAGUGAUUAUUGCUGUUAUUCCCCCAUGAAACAUGUUGUUCUGCAAAAAAUUAUUUGUUCCUGUACAUCUUCAGGGGCGUCUAGAAGCAAUGACACUGACUUUAUUUGUUGUAAGUUGUUUUUACACUGAUGCACUAUUAAUGAAAGCAAUAAACUAACACUAACUUUAUUAUUGUACUCGCAAUUAUAUUAGUCCAUAUUGCAUAGUGUACACUAAAUUUCACUUAAUGAAUAAAUAAUGAAUAAA